AUGAGAACGGCGAUGGGCGACAAGAUAGGCGUCAACUACGGCAGGCUGUCCUCCAGGCCGAUGCCUCACACGCAAGCCAUCGAAAAGAUCAGGUCGCUGGGCGCGAACGCGAUCAAGCUGUUCGAUUCCGACAGGGGCACGCUGGACGCUCUGGUCAAUUCGGGCCUGAGGGUGACGGUCGCCAUCCCAAACGGCGAGUUGGCCGAGUACGCGAACUCCCGCCGCGCGUGCGACGAGUACGCCGCCAUGCUCCGGUCGUAUCUGAACCGCAACGUGCUCAUCGACACGGUGGCCGUCGGGAACGAAGCUACGGCAUCGUGGCACGGCGGUCGCUAUUCGGCGUUGCUCAUGCCGGUGUUCCUCGGUCUCCGGGCCGCAUUCGAGGCGGUGGGAGUGGCCGACAGGAUCAAGCUGACGACUCCGUUCGACAUGUCCAUCUUGGAGGUCUCGUACCCACCCUCGGCCGGACGACUCAGGCCCGAUUGCGAGGGGGUCGUCAAGGACGUCCUCUACUUUUUACGGAACAACGGGGGCAGCUUCAUGAUCAACGUGUAUCCUCCCAUCACGCUGCACGAGAACCCCUCCAUCGAGACCCCCUUCGCGACCGGCGAACGCGGGGCCGGUGGCUACGACGACGCCGGCAGGCGCUACGACAAUCUCUUCGACGCUCAGAUAGACGCGGUCUACGCGGCCAUCGAGAGGGUGGGCUACGCCACGGACGACUUCGUCAUCGGGGAGGUGGGUUGGGCCACCGCGGGCGGCCACUGCUUCCACCGGCGCAACGCCGAGGCCUUCCUGAGGAGUUUCUUGGAGAGGAGGCGCCGGGGCACGCCCCGCAUCCGGAAGCCCAUCCCCGCCUUCCUCUUCGCCUUCAUCGACGAGGACAUGAAGGAUACGGGUACCCCUGCAUGCGAGCAUCCAUAUAUGGUCAAACACCCCAACGUACGGUUCGCGCUCAUCGCUCUCUGUCUCAUCGCCUUUCCGAGGGAGGCGGAGGCGCCCCCUCUGCUCUUCAACCACCCGUCGAGCUGGGAGCUCCCGCCGUCCCUCAUGCCGGACGGUACGGGCCGAUGCCUCGCUGAAACCCUGCCCCUACCGCCGGAGCUCUGCCUCGUGACGGACGUCCUCAUGAGCAUAGCUUGA